GUCUCCUUUCCCUUGCUGGAAUGUAGCCCCUCCUUCCCGAUAGCCUUGAUCUCCCACAUCACUCUCCUCCUCAUUGAUACAUCCCAUCACAUCACCUGCAGAUACAGCUCCUCGUGUUCCAUCAAACGGAAUUGUUUAGGAAAUAGGAAGUACCUCUAGCUGGAUCAGGCCAAGGCUGUAUAAUCUUCCCACUAGCAGCCAGUCAGAUAUCUAAGAUUUGUGUGAGUUUGUAUAGGCAACCCAUGAAAUUGGGAAAAAGAGUAAAUGUUGACCUAGGCAGUUCUUCUGUGAAGAAUGAUGAAGCUACCCGUUUCUUAUACCAUUGGAUUAAUUUGGAUGUUUAAAAGAAAGAAGAAUUUAAUCUCCUUUUUUCUCCUUGACUUGCUUAUAAGUCAUCUUAUAACCAAAUAAAAACUGAGUGCUUCCUGAAGUGAUUAUCAGCUAGCAAGAACUCACAUAUUUGGGACAUGUGAUGCAAGGGGCUGGACUAGAAAAAAUGAUUAAACUUGGCAAGUUUGAGGCAAGAGCAAGAAGUGGAAGGCAACAGAUAAGAUAGAUAGAAUGGGAUUGAAGAAAUCACUGGGCUGUUCUUGAAAGAGUUACAGAUUAAGAUGUUAGGCAUUUGUCCAUAUAGUCACCAGGAGUCUUAGCUAAAUUCUUAGUCAUUUUGAUGGAUUGUAACCAACGUAGAAGACACCUGGACAGAAAACUCUGGUAUACUUGCAUUUGAAUGAUCACUAUUCGCUGUUAGUGAAGGGAACUCAUUAAUGUUCCCAGAAUUUCCAUAAUCCUAUAGUUCAUCCACCAAGACCAAAUGAAAGUCAUGCUUUUGUAACCUGAAGGAUCAGGGAUUGCAGUGUAUGAAAUGAGGUGUAUCUUCAAAAAUUUCUGUGAAGCUGCAGCUACUGCACUACAUGUCUGACCACUUCCUUUUGCCGAGAGCGUAUAAUUACUACUCCGUCAGUUGCACCGACUGCUUUUCAAGUUUCCGUGCCCAGUUCAGAGAGUUGGUGGUUUUCGUUAAAGACCUUUGCAGUUUGAAUCUACCAGAGCAGGAGCUGCCUCCAUGUCUUGGUCCUUAGAGAUCUGCUGGUGAAUUCCUGUUGGAGAUAACUGCUUUUGCCUCACUGAAGUUGCAGAAUUAGGUUCCUAAAGUAGCCUGACAGACUCUAGUUGGUUUCAGAAGAAGGAAAAUGGCGGAGAGCUCCUUAUUUGCACAGCGGCUGCAAGCCAUUACGGAGCGGCGGAGGCUGCAGGAGCGCAUCCUAGCCACCCGGCGGGAGCUGGAGGAAGAGAGACUGCGAGUCCAACGCCUCAAGAGGAAAUCCCUGCGAGAUCGGUGGCUGAUGGAGGGAACAUCCAUGCCUGCUGAUGACAAGGAUCAUAUGUCUUCUCUCUGGGAGGCACAGUCCCGUGUCCAAGACUUAGAACAAGAUCUAUCCAGUCUUCAGUCUCAAAUGCAGCACCUAGAUAAUGCGGAUCUUCCGCAGGGACAGCAGCAGCAGUCUUUGAAGGAGGUGAAGCAGGCAUCACUGGAUGGCAUUGUGAAGAUUGAUGGGAUAGCUUCCUCUUCUCCAGAAAAGGGAAAUAUUACUGAGACCAAACUUGAGUUGGCUUCUCUUCCUUCUCAGAAGCCCAUGCAGGCAACAGCCAAAGGACAACUGGAGAAUGGAGACAUGUCAGGUGAUGGUAUUUUUGGCAGUGGAUCCAGCUCUGAAAAAACAGGAGUAAAAGUAAACCCUGUGGCUGUAGAGGGUGGGGACCCUCAGCCUCAUCAAGGGAGAACCGAGGCUGUUCCUGCUAUGAAGAAUUUUGAUUCUAAUGAAGUCCCUGCUGCCCACCAAAGAAAGCUGGCAGUGGAAAAGAUGGUCAUCAGAGAUCAUUUGGGGCAGGAAGUGGGAAGCAUGGAUGCUGUUGGGCAGACACAGAGCUUCAUUAGAAAAGAGGAAGAGUUAGGGGACCACGAUAACAUGGGGAAUGACUGUGAAGAAUGGAGUGGUUCAGGUGAGGUGGAUCAAAAGAAAAUUGUCUAUGCUACCGAAAACCACCUAGAGAGUGAUCUUGGCAGCCGUGAUGGCCCAGAGGGAGAGUCCCCAACUUCCCAUGAUCAGCAAAAUCCUUCCAGUCUUCUACAGGACAGGACUAUCUGCCUUGAUUCCCCCAGGAGACAGGCAGAUAGUGAGUAUGAGAUAAGCUCUUUGGUCAGAGAGGCAGUUCUGAUGGAAUUGGGGCAGAAGGAACUACCAGAGCAAAUUGCAAAGGAGGUAGAGCCUGCCAUAGACCUGGCAGUCUGUGAUGUUGCUACAGAAGAAGCGGUGCCAGAGAAGCAGGCAAAUCACACAAAGAAGGAGGAGAUGCAAGAACGCCAUGGAUCAGAGACAAUAAUGCUGGGAGAAGCAGGAGAGGGGGAGGAGACCAGACAACCUGUUUCAGACCAGAUCUCUUCUGUGCAAGAAACAAAGAUUCUGAACACUUUGGAAGAAGCUAAGCUGUCUCUUACAGAUUCAGUCAUGACUUCAUCUCCAUCAGAUCAGAUUCCUUCAGUGCCAGAUACUAAAGGAUUCCUUCCAGAACAGAAUCCAUCAUCUUUUCAGGAAACUCAAACUCCACUCCUAGGGUCAGAACAGUCAUUAUUACCAAAUCAGAGUCCAUCACCCCUUUUGGAUCAAUCUGUUUCAUUGCAAGAAAGCAACUGUUCUCUUCUAGGUCAAAUCCCAUCUUCACUGCCAAAAUCCUUUAUAGAAUCAAAUCCAUCAUCUUUGCAGGACCAUUUUUCUUCUCCAGAACAGAAAGCAUUCUUAUUAAAAGGUGAUACUACUUCUCAAGAAACUGAACACUUCUUAUUGGACCAGACCCCAUCAUUUGUACAUGAAGCUAAUGGAAAAAAUCUGGACCAGAUCUCAACAUCUCUUCAAGAACAUCAUGAUUCUGUAGUAGAUCAAAUAUUGCCUACCUCUCCAGACCAGCUCACAUCUCUGCCAGAAGAGAUUCGUUCCUCAUUACAUGAAGGACAGAGAUCCCCCCAGAUUUUGCCAACUGAUCUGGAUCAAGAACAGCCUGUUUUGGAGAUGAAAGGUCCCCUUCCAGAUAUAACCCCUUCUGUUACUAAUCAACUGUCUCCUCUACCUGAUCAAAUCACAUCCCUUCAAGAAGCUAGUAAUUUUUCUAUGGGAGAAGUUCCAGUAGCUUUGCAAGUCCAAAUGCCAACUGUUACAGAGUCUCAAAUACUGCUUCUUCUUGAGGCUGAUAAAUUGCCAUCAGAUCAGAUCCAAUUAUCUGAGGAUGAAGAGAAGGAGACACCAACAACUGGGCCAGACCAAAUUCCACUAAUCCUCCAGGACCAGAAACCCGCAGUUCUAGGGUGCAAGGAGGUGGGAGGACCUCUAACUGAUCAGGUUCAUACGUCACUUCAAAAUCAGACCUCAUCCUUUCUCCCAGAAGGAUCACUUCAAGGCCAGGCCCAACCAACAGUAGUAGAGCACAUGUCAUCCUCUCUGCAGGACCAGACCUCUUCCCUUGAAGAAACAGAAGAGACUCUUGCAGGAAAGACCUCUCCAUCUCUUGUGGAAGAGAUCCCUACACUGUUGGAUCAAACCCCAACCCCUAACAAAGACCAGGGUCCAAUUCUGCAAGAGACAACUGUUCUUGAUGCUUUGCUGACUUCGAACCAAGACUCUGCUCAACCACUCCUGGAUGCAGCUGUAAGUUCAGAGAAUCAAGAAUUGAAAGAAGAUGGAGAUUCUAAUUUGGCUUCAGGAGUAGCAGAGACCACCGAAAUCCAAGAAAAUAUUGGUGCUGAGCAACAACCUUUGUUGAAUGAGUUGAAAACCACAGUAGCCCCCCAGGACAUUUCUCUAGGAGAUCAGCAGCAGUCCAAGACUGGGAUCCAAAAGCACCAGGGAGCCUCAGUCCAGGAGGCCCCAAUCUACAUCACCACUGAUGCCAAUCCUGCCUCAUGCCACCUCCAGCCUGCAGCAUCACACCAGGGGGAGGGUCAAGAGCAGGGGCAGAGCAGACGCAAGCAGAAGACGUGCCAGUGCUGCUUGGUCAUGUAAGCUUGGCGUCUCUCACCCGGUUGAGGAGAACAGGUGUCAUUGAUCUGGUCCUAGCAGCAGGCUCUGAAAGUGGUAACAUGCCCUGCUAAUCAUGUAGUGUAGGCAUCUCACACAUUCACGCAUGCGCAUGCACACACAUGCAUACAGUACACACUCCAUGGAGGGACUCAGAGGCAAGUUGAUAGAUGGGUCCAUGGAAGGCUUGUUGUGUCACAGAGAGAGAUUGUUCAAUGACAGGAUUGUUUCUCUUUAUUGAUAUCUCAUAGCUCUCCUCCCUGCUUUCCUGGAGGUAGCAAAUGGGGGAUGCCGUGCUUGGGCAGAUGGUAUAGGCCCACACAUUCCCCUGCAGCAUGCACACCUCUUGCAGUGUAGACCUGCAUUUUUGUUGGCACUGUCAAAUACUGAUGCUUGAACUUUAUCACCAUUCCCUCCAGUUAUAGUUUAUGUGCCUGCAUGUCAUCAUUAUUGUGCAUGCACGUACAUUACACAUUUAGAUGUACAUGUGUGUGCACAAGGGUUAUAACAUGCAAACCAAGAUAGUGGCAUAUCCAUCUUUUCUCCCUUUGGCUUGCAAGGCAUCUUCCUAUCUUGGAAAACACCUCAGUUAUGUGCCAUUACAAACCUACAGGCUUCCACAACCUUUUCACAGGGCUGGACACAAAGCCAAAAUAUGCAUGCAGAACUCUUGCCAUCCACACUCUCCGCAUGUGCCUGAACCCCUUCCGCUGAGUUGGCAUGACUCACCAAAUCAAUCUGGACCUACUCCAGACACUGAACAAUACCCUCUUCCUCUUGUUCUCGCCUCCUGUUUCUCUGCUAAGAUGGCCAGCUGGACACAACUAAUCUUGCAGGGCAGUGACACUUAGGACACAAGAGGACUUCCUGCCAAUAGGCGGUGCAUUGCAGAGACUUUGGACAAGGCACUACUGGAACCUUCUCUCCUAAAUGUGGUCUCCAGCUAAGAUCUUGUGUAGGGUAGACUCAAUGUUCUACCUCCCAAAAUGGGACUGAGACACAUUUCCUAGCUCUGACUGUUCCCUUCCCAUAAAAAACCUGGGCUUGUGCCCUGGCAGGUCUCAAGCCCUCCCCCCAUCCCUCCUUUCGGUGACUGUUUAUUCUAUGCACUUUGUUUUGAUUUUAGUUAUAUAACUUCUGUUAGGGCCACCACCUAAGCCAGUAAGAGCCUUUUACAUGUCAGUUUCUGGCUAAUACUGAAAGAUUCUCAAUUAAAGUCAGAUG